AUGAACAGCUGCCAAGCACCUUUAGAAAAUAAUAACUUACAAGGCUGGGUUUUGGCGCUUGCGUCAGGACUGGCCUGUUGUUUAGGAGCAUCUGUGGUGUUUUCGGAUCUUUUCUUUCAAAAGUUUAAAUGCACACAAUUUCUACAAAUCGCUCAUAAUUCAAAAUUCUUGGUUGCUUCAUUAUCACUUGGUGCCGGAGUAAUGUUGUUCUCAAGUCUAUUUAUAUUGUUAAACGAAGCCAAAGAGUAUUUUCGAAAAACUCCAAAAUUGAGAGAGUAUUCAGGGAUAAGUUUGAUUGCAUUCUACUUUUUAGGCGUAAUCGGGUCGGCGAUUAUAAAUAAACUUAUUCAUCAUGCAUUGAGUGGUUCUUCAAUACACUCACAUCACCAUCAUCAUCAUAUUCCCGAUGAUAUUAAAAAACCGCAAGUAAAUAAGCAUGACGUAGAAUCCCUCUUAACCCAAAAUGAUUCACAUGACGAAAGGUCUCCAUUAUUAAGAAAUCAUAUGGAUGGUAUUUCUUCUCCAUUAUAUGAUGUAGAAAGUAACGAUUGUUACAACGAAACCGCUUGUUCAGAAAGACAUUCUGUUUGUAUGGUUGAAAAUGAUACACGAGAACCUGAUCUCGAAUCUUUAUGUUAUCAUGAUUCUCAUGAUGAUCAACAUAUUCAUGGACUUAUCACAUUUGUCACCUCGCAAGUAUCACCAUCUAUUGGUUUCGCUUUAUUCUUUGCUAUUGCUUUACACAAUAUCUCUGAAGGAUUUACUAUUGCACUUCCAUUAUAUGUGGCAACACAAUCACGAAUAAAGAGUUUCUUAUAUGCAAGUUUACUAGGAGGUUUUAGUCAACCAUUUGGUGCUUUAAUAGGAUAUUUGUUUUUAAAAGAGUCUGAAGCUGCAUGUUGGGAUCAUAACUUCAUUUAUGGUGCAUUAUUUUCCGCAGUCAGCGGACUGAUGGGAGUGAUUUGCAUUCAGGGAAUGUUACCACAAGCCAUCAAACAUGACAAAUCAGAUGGUCAUCUAACGACCAUCUUCUUUUUCUUGGGUGUUUUAAUUAUGGGAAGUAGUUCAGCUUUGUUUGACCACGCUGCUUCGUUUGAACCCUAA